AUGAGGUUUGCUCAGAUUCUUUCUUCCCAUCUCACUCCAGAAUGGAGAUCUCACUAUAUAGAUUAUGAUGCAUUAAAGGUUUUGUUGUACCAAAUGGUGUCUAUUGACUGGACCAAGAAAGAUGACGAUGGUGUUAAGUGGGAGAAGUACUGGUCGGAAAAACGACGAGAUCUUAUUAAUGCUUUUUGUGAAUUCUAUUUUCACUUGUCUCUGUUACAGAAUUUUCAACAACUCAAUUAUACUGGGUUUAGAAAGAUUUUAAAGAAAUAUGACAAGUUAGCUCAAACUGAAAAAGGAGGCAAAUUCUUCAAAAAUGGUGUCAGUAAAGCUUAUUUCUAUACAUCUAAAGAAGUAGAUCGUCUUCUGAAAGUUACUGAGGAUACAAUGAUAGAUCGUUUAGAGAAUGGUAAUCGUGGGCGUGCAAUGGCUAAACUUCGUGUCCCACCACUUGGAGGAGAUUCAUCACAGUGGGUAUCACUGUUUACUGAUACUGUUGGUUGGAGAAGAGCUGUGUGUAAUAACGUUUUAAUAUUUGAAGUAGAUCCUCGUAAUAAUCUGAACUAUCAAAAAUUAUUUCAAAUUGCCUCAUUUCUUGGUGUAAUAUGGUGUAGAAUAGCUUUGGCGCCAUUUUUUUUCGUCACAUUUGCAGACUUUUGGAUAGCAGAUCAGAUGAAUUCAUUAGCUAUUCUUCUCCUUGAUAUGGAAUAUUUUAUAUGUCACUUAAUUUAUGGACAAUUCUUGUUUCAAUGCGGUACAGUCUAUUAUGGUAUUAGACCUAUUAUGCUAUUACCAGCAUGGUGGCGAUUUGCACAAUGUCUCAGACGUUAUCGUGAUACCAGAGAAUUUCAUCCUCAUCUAGUGAAUGCUGGAAAAUAUUCGACGUCAUUUUUUGUAGUCACAUUCUCAUCAAUUGCAUCAGUCUUAAAGGAUGCUGAAGUACAAUCUACAAUUUAUUAUAUAUUCUUUAUGAUAUGGAUUAUAUCUGCCUUAAUUAGUUCUUGCUAUACAUUUGCAUGGGACAUCAAAAUGGAUUGGGGCUUCUUUGAAAAAGGACGCAUUAUUCGAGAAGAAACAAUUUAUUAUUACAAGGCCUACUACAUACUGGCUAUAAUUGAGGACUUACUAUUGAGGUGGGUGUGGACAUUAACAAUAUCAGUUGGUGAAGGAGGAUCAAAGCUACUCAAUGAUAAUAUUCAAACUUUUUUGGCUGUACUAGAAGUAUUUAGACGUUUUAUAUGGAACUUCUUCCGAGUUGAAAAUGAACAUUUAAAUAACUGUGGUCAAUUCAGAGCUGUUAGAGAUAUCAGUGUCUAUCCUUUAAACUUAAAUGAAGUAACAAUCACAGACACAAACCAACCAGCUGAAAGGGUUACUAAAACAUUUCGAAGACGAGCAUCAGAACUGCUUAAAUUUGAGGACAAUCCAGUUACACCUUUUAUGCCACGUUAUACAGUAUGGCGUAACAGUCAAAUCUUAUUUCCUAUACAAUUCUCUCGCAUUAUCCCUGAACAAAUUGAUGUCAAUGAUGAUGAUAAAAAUGAUUAA